AUGAAGGCCGUCCUAGCCACUCUCUUUGCUUUCAGUCUUUUCUCUGCGUUCAGCGUCACGCUCGCCGAGCCCAUCAACCCGGAGAAACGAACUUGGAUAACUUGCCCGAAGCAUUGCAAGUUCCCUCCUCAUUCGACUCCUCUCUGUACAUGGUUGAACCCUUGUGGCUUCAUCUGUAAAGAUGGAUACAUUGGUCACCCUCUCCUUAACCCCAAGUCCUGCGUUUGCAAGUGGCCUUUCACCGAAUGCAACGGUAAAUGUGGCCUUCACAAGGCCUGCCCCAGCAAGGGAUAUCACAAGCGUGAGCUUACCGCAGAGAACGCCAAGUGCCCUACUGGCUUCACUGCGUGCGGUAUCCUUGGAAGACAUGCGGGUUCUUGGGAAUGUGUCGACACCCAGCGCGAUUUGGAGAGCUGCGGUGGUUGCAUGGUUUCUCUCAACAAUGAUCUCAAUAACCGAGACGGUCAGGAUUGUACCGCUAUCCAAGGUGUAGACGAUGUUGCUUGCGUCCAAGGCCAAUGCAAGGUCAACAAAUGCAUGGACGGGUAUACCGUCAGCGAGUCAGGCACAUCCUGCACUCCCGUCGAAAGGAAGAACUUCCUGGAAGUCGCUGAAGAAGUCCUUCGCGCUCAGUUCGCGGGCUGA